ACUUCAUGUGAAGUUGCAUGAUUAUUGCAUCGAGCUUCCAACUUGUCUUAUUUUUUAUUCAGUUCUGUUUUUCUUUUACAGAAAAUUUAAAAAUCUCUCGUCGCCAUUCAACCAUUUUCUUGUCCCUGAAACACAGUUUCCACUCCCCGAAAAGCUCCUCACAACCGUCGCAACAAUGGAGCAAACAUACGUUCCUCACGUGCUCUUCUUGCCGUUCCCAGCCCAGGGCCACAUCAAGCCCAUGCUGAAUCUAGCCGAGCUUCUUAGCCAUGAGGGUUUUCAAGUCACCUUCGUAAACUCAGAUCACAAUCAUGACCGUCUACUACACAACAUUGACAUAUCCUCCUUCUAUAAUCGCUUCCCUAAAUUUCAGUUCAGGUCUAUCCCUGAUGGUCUAACGCCCGAUCACCCACGUUUCGGUCUAUACUUUAUAGAUUUGUUUUGCUCCACUAGGGCUGUGUCCAAGCCGGCGUUCCGUGAGUUGUUGAUUUCACUUAAAGAGGAGAAAGGGCCGUUCCAACUCCCCAGCUGCAUAAUCGCCGAUGGUAUUAUGUGUUUUGCCAUUGAUGUUGCAGAAGAGUUUGAAAUUCCUACUAUUACUUUUCGAACUUUCAGUGCUCAUUGCGUGGACUUACUUUCAUCUUUCCAAGCUUAUUGCAGAAGGGGAAGUUCCAUUUCCAGAUGAAAACCUUGAGAAGCCCAUUUCAUGCAUUCCUGGGCUAGAAAAUGUUCUUCGCCGUAGAGAUCUUCCAGGGAUUUGUAGAUUCGAAAAGGCCGAUGACCCUGUUUUGCAGUUCUUUGUUAAAGAAACCUCUGCGUGUACUCGAGCUUCCGGUCUUAUACUUA